AUGUUCCAACCAGGGUCAUUACGCAAACGCGCUCGAAUAGCAUGUGACCCAUGCAGAGAACGCAAAAGAAAAUGCGACGGCGUCGAUCCCUGCACCCCCUGCACUCGAUGGGGCUAUGACUGCCAUUAUCAGAGUCAACGGCGAAAGCGACGAGUUACCAAGGAACAAUCUGAACCGGAAGCCCCAAACGUAGCGAAGUCUCCAGUACAUCAAGAUGUGACAACGGAUACUCAUGGACUAGUGCGUCGCCUGGAGGCCAAUUCCGGUGCUGCAUUCGUGCGCAAGAUGGGGUUGAAAAUUAAUCCCGCAAAAGCGCCGAAGCUGAGCUUGUUUGGGUGGAACAUUGGUACUCGGAAGCUAUCAUCGGGAUUUAACGGCGUCAGUGCUCAUCUGUCCAUUACGGAGAUUACAUCUUUGGAACAUAUGAGGAGCCUUGCUCAGGUCUACUUUGAUAAAGUAGAUCCAUGCUAUGGGUUCAUUGACCGAGAUCAGUUCUUUGAACGGCUAGAGGCCCGCUGGCAGUCAUCAUCUGUUAGCAAACUGUAUGAUAGUGUUCUGGGGGGUGUCGCAGCUAUUGGGUGUCUUUUCUCACAACGAAAAAUGUCCGCCACAGAAUUACAUCUAAGCGGAUCAGCACAAUCUAUUCUGGAGAUGCAUGUUAUGCCUGGGACUCCAUCGAUAGAACUUCUCACUGGAUGGACGCUACGAGUCGUCUAUUCGCGAAUGACAGAUCUCCCACACUCAACAUGGAUAGCCAGUUCAAGAUUGAUGCAUCUGAUAGAAGCGGCGGGAUUCCAUUUGGAGUCUACAGACUCGGUACUUCCAAGCAGCAGUUCCACCGCACAAUGCGAUCCGGAAAUUCAAAGGAGACUAUUCGGUGUGGCACAGCAUCUGAAUAUGUGGACUUCCUUUGACCUAGGUUUGUCAAGGGUUACUUUUCAAAAUAAUGAUCUGCCACUCCUACCAUCAACAAAAGCUGGCGACUAUACAAACGAGCUUCUUGGUCUCUUGCCUAUAUCAGCAAGUCUGGAUCCUGGACAGUCAAAGGAAGACGAUAAGGAUCUCAAACUAACAUUGACGGAAGUGUUGGAUAGAGUCCAUAAGGAACCACCUUCCAUCAUGGCCCAAUGCAAUCUUGUACUCUGCAUCCUUCGGAGAAUGCAUAGCCAGAAUCUUGACAUAUCCUCUUCUCUCGCAGAAAGGGUCCUGGCACUGCUGAAGAAUGGACUCGGUUGCGCCGUGAAAAUGGCAAGCAGCUGCUCUCCCUGGCACCAAAUGGCAAAUGUGCCCUUUCAGAUCAUUUGCGUUUUGCUUGUGAUGGAUACACGCUCAUCACUGGCGAUGCUCUCGGAGGCGAUGGAGACAUUGAAGCUUGUUGCAUUAAAUUAUGAUACAGAAACUAUGAGGGAGGCAUGGAGUGCAGCCAGACUUUUGGUGAUGCUUUAUCAGCAACGCAGGAAGGAUGACAUAGCAAUCUUCAGUGAGGCUUUGAGCAUGGAAUCACAAGAAACCACAGUCGGGCCGUCUCCACAGGAUGAUCCGAGUGCAGAGGAGUAUUCCUGGCUAGGAGCUUUGGUUGCUGAUUUACCGGGCUUGGACAGGAUUGACCUUGAUCAGUUCCUUAGUGCAGAUAUGAUGGGUAGUACAAGUUUCCUCGGAGGAACUGCCUGA